AACCUACCAGACUCUGACAAUCUUACCAAAGAGAAACCUUAAUGAAUUUCAGAAUUUCUUUUUUGCUGAAUCUGAGGGCUGCUUUUACUUUUAUUGGAUUCCCAAUGAGAGUAUACAUUUUUCUCUGUUUGAUGUGCUGGGCAAGAUCUGAGAAUAAAAGAUCAUGCCUUGAAUUCUCUCAUCUAAGUAUAAAGGAUUCCUUCAAAGAUUUGUUUGUUCCCCAAAUGGAGAUUUCCUUGAUGUUGUAUACAAGGAAAAAUCUCAACUGUGCUGAGCCACUGUUUGAGCAGCAUAACUCACUUAAUGUUAAUUUCAGUAUAAGCAAGAAAACAGUCUGGCUUAUUCAUGGAUACAGACCAACGGGCUCCUCUCCCACAUGGCUUCAGAACUUCCUAAGGAUUUUGUUGAAUCAAGAGGAUAUAAACAUAAUUGUAGUAGACUGGAACCGGGGUGCUACAACUUUUCUUUACAACAGAGCAGUUAAAAACACCAGAAAAGUUGCUGUGAGUUUGAGUGGGUACAUUCGGAAUCUUUUGAAGCAUGGAGCAUCUCUUGGUAAUUUUCAUUUCAUAGGUAUGAGCUUAGGGGCUCAUAUUAGUGGAUUUGUUGGAAAGAUAUUUCAAGGUCAACUUGGAAGAAUAACAGGUCUUGACCCUGCUGGGCCAAAAUUCUCUGGAAAAUCAUUUAAUGACAGAUUAGACUACACUGAUGCCAAGUUUGUGGAUGUCAUCCAUUCCGAUACCAAUGGUUUAGGCAUUAAAGAACCCUUGGGGCAUAUAGAUUUUUAUCCAAAUGGAGGAAAAACGCAACCUGGCUGUCCUAAAUCCAUUCUUUCAGGAAUUCAGUUUAUUAAAUGCGACCACCAGAGAGCGGUUUACUUGUUCAUGGCCUCUUUGGAAACAAACUGCAAUUUUAUUUCAUUUCCUUGUCCUUCAUAUGAAGAUUUCAAAGCUGGUUCAUGUGUAGACUGUGACAACUUCAACGAAAAAUCAUGUCCUAGGCUAGGUUAUCAAGCUGAGCUAUGGGAAGAUGUUUUAAAAGAAAAGAGAGAAGAGACCACUGUGUUUUUGGAUACUACUGGCGCAAGUCCAUUCUGUGUGGCUAGAGCUUCCAGUACUAUGUUAAAUAAGGAUGGUGGGAACAGACAUCUUGUCUUACUCCCGAUCUUAGAAGAAAGCAUUGUUUGUUACCUAGUUAAAUUAUAUUUUACUAAUAUGCUGAGCAUAUUAAAUUCUCUCUUUAGGAAGAACAGAUCAUUUAAUGAGCUCCAAGAAGUCAAGAUUCUUGCUCAAUUUUUAAAUGAUGUUGUAAAUAUUUCAAGCAUUGGUUUGGCAUAUUCUCAGAGCUCACAUUGGCAAUUUAUCACAGGCAGAUACAAAAUCCAGCGUAUCAUGUUACAGUCACUUACAUAUCCAGAAAGACCACCACUUUGCAUAUACAAUUUUGUACUUAACAAAAAUGAGGAAGUAUUUCUCAACCCGAGCACAUGCACAUCAAAGGAAAUAUAA